AUGGCUCCGGCCACGUCUCUCCCCUUCCUCCUCCUCCUCGCCACGCUCCUCGCGGCCGCCCCCCUCUCGCCGGCGGCCGAGCCCGAGGAGUUCGAUGUCCGCCGCCACCUCUCCACCGUCACCAGGUACGCACCCCCCGCUCCCGUCCCUCUCUGCGCUCUCCAACGGCCGCCCGAUCCCCGGCCUGCUCGCCGGUGGGUUUGUGGCGGACCGAGGUUCGAGGGUUUAACCCCCCUUGGUGAUGAUUUUUUGAGGUACGAUGUGUCCAGAGGGUCCAAUAGUGCGGUCGCCGCUCCGUCUAUCUCGGACGAGUGCCGCGUGAUCCACCUCAAUCUCGUCGCGAGACAUGGGACUCGUGCUCCUACCAAAAAGAGAGUCAAGGAGUUGGACAGGUUGGCAGCACGGUUGGGGGCUCUAGUAAAUGAGGCAGGACAGGGACCUGACAGUGAGGCUGUAAAGAAAAUUCCAUCCUGGAUGAAUACGUGGGAGUCGCCUUGGAAGGGCAAGGUCACAGGGAAAGGGGGUGAGCUGGUUAGCGAAGGCGAGGAGGAGCUCUUCAAUUUCGCUAACAGAGUGAAGGAGAGAUUUCAAGACCUGUUUGAUGAGGAAUAUCACCCCGAGGUGUUCUCAAUAAGAGCAACCCAGGUUCCUCGGGCAUCAGCUAGUGCAGUAGCAUUUGGUUUGGGGCUACUUUCUGGGAAAGGAAAACUUGGAGCAGGCAAAAACCGCGCUUUCUCUGUUCUGAGUGAGAGUUGUGCAAGUGAUAUUUGUCUGCGAUUCUUUGACAGCUGUCAAACAUACAAGGACUACAGGAAAAGAAAGGAGCCCGAUGUUGACAAGCAAAAGGAACCGAUUCUGGAACAAGUCACGUCUGCUUUAGUCAACCGUUAUCGUCUAAAUUUUACAAAACAAGAUGUUUCUUCCCUCUGGUUCCUUUGCAAACAGGAAGCAUCUUUACUGAAUAUUACCAAUCAUGCUUGUCAACUUUUCAGUGAAGCUGAGGUUCAAUCUCUAGAAUGGACAGACGAUUUGGAGGGUUUUGUGCUCAAAGGUUAUGGUGAGUCGAUAAACUAUAAAAUGGGAUUGCCGUUGCUCAAGGAUGUUGUCCAGUCAAUGGAGGACGCAAUCACAGCUAAAGAAGAAAAUUAUCCUGAUGGUACAUACGAGAAGGCAAGGCUCCGAUUUGCACAUGCAGAAACUCUUGUUCCUUUCACAUGUCUUCUUGGUCUUUUUCUUGAAGGAUCAGAUUUUGAGAAGAUACAGCGGGAGGAACCAUUGGAUCUACCUCCGAUGCCACCACAGAAGAGAAACUGGAAGGGCGGCCUUGUAGCACCUUUUGCUAGUAACAAUAUGUUGGUUUUACACCAAUGCCCUGGCAAAACUGGUGACAACAGGAUAUCCCAGGGUCAAAACAGCUCGUACUUUGUGCAAGUUCUACAUAAUGAAGCUCCAGUUUCAAUGCCAGGCUGUGGCAACAAGGAUUUCUGUCCAUUUGAGGAGUUCAAGGAAAAGAUAGUCCAGCCGCACCUGAAGCACGACUUUGACAUGCUAUGCAAGAUAAAGAAGCCAGAUGCAGCACAGGAGCCAUCGUCCUUCACCUCCAAGUUGUCGAACUUCUUCCUGGGCCUGUUCUCACGGAAAGGGUACGUUGUCAACGCAGAAGAUGUGAAGACGGAGCUGUAGACGCUUUAUUAACUGGC